UGCUCUAUAAUGAAUGGUCCUCUAUAAUGAAUGGUCCUCUAUAAUGCUCUAUAAUGAAUGGUCCUCUAUAAUGAAUGGUCCUCUAUAAUGAAUGGUCCUCUAUAAUGCUCUAUAAUGAAUGGUCCUCUAUAAUGCUCUAUAAUGAAUGGUCCUCUAUAAUGAAUGGUCCUCUAUAAUGAAUGGUCCUCUAUAAUGCUCUAUAAUGAAUGGUCCUCUAUAAUGAAUGGUCCUCUAUAAUGCUCUAUAAUGAAUGGUCCUCUAUAAUGAAUGGUCCUCUAUAAUGCUCUAUAAUGAAUGGUCCUCUAUAAUGCUCUAUAAUGAAUGGUCCUCUAUAAUGAAUGGUCCUCUAUAAUGCUCUAUAAUGAAUGGUCCUCUAUAAUGAAUGGUCCUCUAUAAUGCUCUAUAAUGAAUGGUCCUCUAUAAUGCUCUAUAAUGAAUGGUCCUCUAUAAUGCUCUAUAAUGAAUGGUCCUCUAUAAUGAAUGGUCCUCUAUAAUGCUCUAUAAUGAAUGGUCCUCUAUAAUGCUCUAUAAUGAAUGGUCCUCUAUAAUGAAUGGUCCUCUAUAAUGCUCUAUAAUGAAUGGUCCUCUAUAAUGCUCUAUUAUGAAUGGUCCUCUAUAAUGAAUGGUCCUCUAUAAUGCUCUGUUAUGAAUAGCCUCCUCUUCUUAGCUCCUUUUUCGGUAACAGCAGAGGGUACUCUUGUUUAACAUGGGCGGUAAUGAGGGUACUGGCCCUUUAAGACAGGGAGAGGAUGGGUCCCCCCUCACCCCCUCACCCCCUCCCCUUCCUUCUACAGCACAUUGUUCUGCCGCUCCCGGCGAGCAGCAGGCCCCCUCUGACAGAGACCCUGUGACAGAGACCCUCCUGGACCCUCUGAGACCUCAGAGACCCCCUGAGACCUGCUGCAGGCGGACAGACCUGCGACCAGACGGACUGAAACCGGUACAUCCGGUGUCAGCGUCUUUGUGUGAGACUGAGGACUGGCUCCUGGGCGGAGACUGAGGGAUCCACCGGCUGAUCCAUGACCGGAGACAAAGACCGGGGCAGACGGACGCUAUGACCGGAGGAACCGGAGGAUCCCGGAGCCGUGGGACCGACGGAUCCGAGCUGAGGUAGCGCAGUGCUGAGCUCAGGCAGGCUGUGAUUGGUGGUUGUCAUGGCACCCAGACCGUCAUCAGGUGAGCUGUGGGGGCUCCAUUUGAUGCCCCCCCGGAUCCUGGUUGACUGCUGCCUGCCAAACGGGAUGAUGGUGAGUCUGGAGUGUCUCAGAGAAACCCCUCUGGUCAGUAUUAAGCAGCAGCUCUUUACUGAGGCCAGGAAGUACCCACUCUAUCACCUGCUGCAGGAGGAGUCAUGUUACAUCUUCGUCGGCGUGACCCAGGAAGCAGAGAGAGAGGAGUUUUAUGAUGAGACGAGGCGGCUUUGCGACCUCCGGCUGUUUCACCCAAUUCUAAAGGUCAUCGAGCCGCUGGGUAACCGAGAGGAGAAGAUCCUAAACAGAGAGAUAGGGUUUGCCAUCGGGAUGCCAGUUUGUGAGUUUGAGAUGAUGAAGGACCCGGAGGUUCAGGACUUCAGGCGGUCCAUUCUGAGUGUGUGCAGAGAGGCCAUGGAGGAGCGGGAGGGGGGUGGAGCCCACAGCCAGGCCCUGUAUGUUUACCCCCCCAAUGUUGAGUCCAGUCCCCAGCUCCCCCAGCACAUCUACAGUAAGCUGGACAAAGGGCGGCUGAUUGUGACCAUCUGGGUGAUCGUGUCACCAUCAAACUCAAAACAGAAGUAUACUCUAAAGGUGAGUCAUGACAGUCUCCCAGAGCAGCUGAUUGCAGAGUCGAUCAGGAAGAAAAGUCGUUCGAUGCAUCUUUCACCUCAACAGCUCCGCCUGUGUGUGCAGGAAUACCAGGGACAGUACAUCCUCAAGGUUUGUGGCUGUGAUGAGUACCUUUUGGAGAAGUUCCCACUCAGCCAAUAUAAGUAUAUUCGCUCUUGUAUCAUUGUUGGUCGCCUUCCUCACCUGAUGCUGGUUUCCAAAGACAGUCUUUACUCUCAGCUUCCUGCCUCAGGCUUUGUCACACCUUCCUACAGCCGUCGCACCCCUCAGCCAUCUCCCUGUCCCGGAGGAGGGGACGGGUCAUCAGCUCGCUCUCUGUGGGCAUUCAACACCCUGCUGAGGGUCCGUCUGCUGUGUGCCACCUACGUUAACGUCAACAUCAGAGACAUUGACAAGAUCUAUGUGAGGACAGGUAUCUAUCAUGGUGGAGAGCCACUCUGUGACAAUGUCAACACUCAAAGAGUUCCCUGUUCCAAUCCCAGGUGGAAUGAGUGGCUGACCUAUGACAUCUACCUGGCUGACCUCCCUCGCUCUGCCAGACUUUGCCUGUCCAUCUGCUCUGUGAAAGGAAGAAAAGGAGCCAAGGAGGAACACUGUCCUCUGGCCUGGGGAAAUGUGAACCUGUUUGACUACAGAGAUGUUCUGGUGUCUGGCAAAGUAGCUCUGGGUCUUUGGCCUGUCCCUCAUGGUCUUGAGGACCUCCUAAAUCCAAUUGGAGUAGCUGGGUCUAAUCCCAAUAAGGAAACUCCCUGUGUGGAACUGGAGUUCUCUUGGUUUAAUCAAACCGUUGUGUUUCCUGAUGAGCAGCAGAUUGAAGAGCAUGCCAACUGGACCAUCAGCCGAGAGCUGGGCUACAACUACUGCCAUGGACUGGUAGUAUAUAGCAGUCGUUUGGCAUGUGACAGCAGUGUUUCAGCAGUUGAUGGUGAGCAGCUGCGUUCGCUGUGCUCCAGAGAUCCUCUUUAUGAGCUCUCUGAGCAGGAGAAGGACUUCCUCUGGAGACACAGACAUUACUGCGUAAAAAUCCCAGAGUCUCUUCCUAAACUUCUUCUCUCCGUCAAAUGGAACUCCAGGGAUGAAGUUUCGCAGAUGUACUGUCUGCUAAAGGAGUGGCCUCUGAUGGAGCCAGAGUCCGCCCUUGAGUUGCUGGAUUGUAACUUUCCUGAUCCGAUGGUUAGAGAGUUUGCACUGCGCUGCCUGGUCCAGGGUCUGACAGAUGACAAACUGUCUCAGUACCUGCUGCAGCUGGUCCAGGUGUUAAAGUACGAGAUGUACCUGGACAAUCCUCUGGCUCGUUUCCUGAUCAAGAAAGCUCUGACCAAUCAGAGGAUAGGACACUUCUUCUUUUGGCAUCUCAAGUCAGAGAUGCACAAUAAGACUGUGUCACGGCGCUUUGGUCUGCUGCUAGAGGCGUUCUGCAGAGCCUGUGGGAUGUACCUGAAACACUUAAACAGACAGGUGGAGGCCAUGGAUAAACUGGUGAAUCUGACUGACACGCUGAAACAGGAGAAGAAGGACGAGACUCAAAAGACCCAGAUGAAGUUCCUGGUUGAACACAUGUCCCGCCCUGACUACAUGGAGGCUCUGCAAGGAUUUGUCUCCCCUCUGAAUCCCGUUCACCAGCUGGGGAACCUCAGGCUGGAGGAGUGCAGGAUCAUGUCUUCAGCCAAGCGCCCCCUGUGGUUGAACUGGGAGAACCCUGACAUCAUGUCUGAGCUUCUCUUCACCAACAAUGAGAUCAUCUUCAAGAACGGAGAUGACCUGCGUCAGGACAUGCUGACUCUGCAAAUCAUCAAAAUCAUGGAGAACAUCUGGCAGAACCAGGGCCUGGACCUGCGAAUGCUGCCGUACGGCUGUCUGUCCAUCGGGGACUGUGUUGGACUGAUUGAGGUUGUGAAGAGCAGCUUCACCAUCAUGCAGAUACAGUGCAAAGGAGGCCUGAAGGGGGCGCUGCAGUUCAACUCCAAUACACUGCAUCACUGGAUCAAAGACAAGAACCGCGGCGAGUCAUAUGACAGAGCCAUAGACCUUUUCACACGCUCCUGUGCUGGUUAUUGUGUUGCCACCUUCAUUUUAGGAAUCGGUGAUCGUCACAACUCAAACAUCAUGGUGAAGGAAAAUGGACAGCUCUUCCACAUUGACUUUGGUCACUUUCUGGAUCAUAAGAAGAAGAAGUUUGGGUAUAAAAGGGAGCGGGUUCCCUUCGUGCUGACUCAGGAUUUCCUCAUCGUCAUCAGCAAAGGCAUCCAAGAAUCCACCAAGACCAAAGAGUUUGAGAGGUUCCAGGAAAUGUGUUACAAAGCAUACCUCGCCAUCCGGCAGCACGCCAGCCUCUUCAUUAACCUCUUCUCCCUGCUGCUGGGCUGUGGCAUGCCUGAACUCCAGAGCUUUGACGACAUUGCCUACCUGAGGAAGACUCUAGCUCUCGAGAAGACCCAGCAGGAGGCGCUGGAGUAUUUUACCAAACAGAUGAAUGACGCUCAUCAUGGAGGCUGGAGCACCAAGAUGGACUGGAUCUUCCACACCAUCAGACACAUGCCCAACGAGCACUAAGUGUGUGUGUGUGUGUGUGUGGGGGGGUGUGUGUGUGUGUGUGUGUGUGUGGGUGUGUCUGUGUCUGUGUGUGUGUGUGUGUGUGGGGGGGGUAAUCAGUGUCUUCCAGCAGUGCUAAGAUAAGCAUGUUAGCCUGUUAGCUGCUGACAUUUUAGGCCACAUUUACACCUAAACGAUCCCUAGUUUUAGUUUCAAAAUCAGUCUUCAUUCAGAAAACCACUCUGCUGUGAUCCACAAAAAAAAAAAAAAAAAAACACUCCUAAGGCAAUAGUAUCAACCUUGUUGUAGUCCACCUACUGACUCAGGGGGCCUCCAUUGUUGUUGUAGUCCACCUACUGACUCAGGGGUCCUCCAUUGUUGUUGUAGUCCAUCUAUUAGCACAGAUGGCCUCCAGUGAUGUUGUAGUCCACCUACUAACUAACCUGUCAUAUAGGAGUGGAUUGAACGUAUGCAUAAAGUCUUUUUUUAUAGACGAACUGCAGAUUUCUUAAACAGUGGCAGAGAUUAUGCUUUUUUGUUGGUCGAGCAUUAAAUUUUUCCUGUUUUUAGAAAUGCCAAAACAGAGAAAUUUUACCAUCAGAUCACCAUUACCAGCUGAUAUUGUGUAAACAUUACAUGUUGAAUUGCCAGCUGAUGUCAUUUAAACAUAACAACAUGUUGCCAUUGCCAGCUGAUAUCAUGUCAACAUAAUAACAUGUUGCAAUUGCCAGCUGAUGUAAUGUCAACGUAAUAACAUGUUGCCAUUGCCAGCUGAUGUAAUGUCAACGUAAUAACAUGUUGCCAUUGCCAGCUGAUGUAAUGUCAACGUAAUAACAUGUUGCCAUUGCCAGCUGAUGUCAUGUAAGCAUAAUGACACGUUGCCAUUGCCAGCUGAUGUCAUGUAAACAUAACAACAUAUUGCCAUUGCCAGCUGAUGUCAUGUAAUAAUUACAUGUCACCAUUGCCUGCUGGUGUCAUUGUUAUGUAAGUGUGGCCUCAAAUGAAAUAUUUUGGCUAUGUUGAAUCUUUUGAAUCAAACUUUAUUGAGACCAGUUGUGUUAACAAAGUUUUAAUUUGAAUCAAACCAGCUUUAUUGAAACCAGCAAUGUGAACACUUUGGUCUCUGUGAAAGCAAUAAAGCCUCCAAUCAGUGAUCAAUAAGUAUGACAAUCAGGACCAUGGACCCAUGAGGAGGCAGAGCUGAGUCCCUUUGCUUACAUCGGACUGAAUGAUCCAAUCAGAAGUGUGAAUUAAAAGCACAGAACAUUUUAAACUUUUAUCUACUUCAUGUCUUAAUCUAGGAAGCUUUAGACCUGGUUUUGAUGUGAUGUCACACUCUUAUGGCCCACACCCACCAGGACAGAGAUACUUCCUGUUGCUCAAUGUUCAGAGAGGGUGGACCCUAUGGACACCUUUUUAUACCAUGUAGGGACCAAAAGGAGUGAUGGCAAGGGUUUGUUUCAAUCAGCAUGUUGCAAAUUUCACAAAUAGAGGAGAACAGACCACUUCCUUUAAACAGCAGCACCUAUCAGACUUUUAUCAGGAUCAAUCAGGGAUCAAAGCCUUCGACAAUCUCCAUUAAUUGUUAGCAUUAGCUCUAUAAGCUAGGUGUUAGGGUUAGCAUGUUAGCCUCUGGAGAACUGUGAGUGAUUGGCCAUGCUAAGCUAGGUUUUAGCAUGUUAGCUUAUGGAGCACUGUGAGUGAAAGGCCAUGCUAAGCUAGGUUUUAGCAUGUUAGCUUAUGGAGCACUGUGAGUGAAAGGCCAUCUUAAGCUAGGAGUUAGCAAGUUUGCCUUGAGCACUGUGAGUAAUAGGCCAUGCUAAGAUAGGUGUUAGCAUGUUAGCCUCUAUAGUAUUAGCUUAGCUGUUGCACUGUGUAGCAUUUGUUAGCAUUAGUUUACCUUGGUGAAAGCCCCGCUCCCUCUGGUCAAAUGCCACUGCCAAAGAUCAAGGGGUGUGGCCUCAUUCUAACGGGUAAAAAGCGAUGCCAUCCUUUUAAUGUGACGGUGAGAUGAGAGGUUGGUCCAAGACCCUCCAAAAAAAUGUAAAAAGUCUAAACCCGCCUCCUCAUAAAGGCAGGUUAUGCUGUGUGCCAUGGAUUUUAAAAGUCUGAUGUCUGUCCCUUUUAUUUUGGAAGUUUAAUGUCUGUCCCUUUUAUUUUGGAAGUCUAAUGUCUGUCCCUUUUAUUUUGGAAGUCUAA